AUGCGCCUCUUUUUGAUCCCCAUCUCGACUCGGCGGGCGUUGAUUUAUGCGAGACCGCUACGAAGAGACAUCCCCAAGGAGCUGUCGCUGUUCGAUCGGGUGACUACCAAAGCAGCCCAGACCUGGGCCGAGUGGGAAGAAGCAGAGAACGGCUGGAAGAAACACCUGGUGACUUGGGGUAAUAAGGUCCAGCAACGGAUUCCGUUUGAAGAAUGGGGGCUCAAGAGCAUCCCGUCGCUCACUUCUCAGCGGCGGAUAAAUGAGGAGCAUGGAAGCAAAAAGAUUGAGCUCCUCUAUCCCGGUAACUCGGUGCACUUGGACAAGAUACCUGCGAUCCUGCAUACCAUCGCGACGGAAAGACAGGAGUUUCAUCGGAAGAAGAUGUUGUGGAGCUUCGGCAUCGCACCUAUCACAGCGCCCUUGGGAUUGAUCCCAGUAAUCCCUAAUAUUCCUUUCUUCUACCUGGCCUACAGAGGAUGGUCCCACUGGCGCGCGCUGAAUGGCUCGCGUCAUUUGGAAUUUCUCGUUGACAAGAAGCUUCUCAAUCCCAUCUCUCUUCCAGCAUUGGAGCGGCUGUACGCCAAACGGGCAGCACAUGCGCUCGAUGACACGCCGGCUGAUACACCAGGUAAUGAAAUGGCUGAAGACAUGGAGCAAAGCGACGACCGCGUGCUUCUGAAGAUGUCUGACGCGAAGAAGCUGGCAUCUAUAUUGGAAGCACCGGAGUUGGCGCUGGAAGCUGAACGGGCCAUUGUCCAAGUAAGCGAACAGCUGGAAGCCAAAAAGAAAAAGAAUCAAGAUUACAACUCAUCAAAUGAGAAGAAGAACUCAUGA